AUGGUGGCCAGUUUUGAGCCGCCUAGUGGGCAAACCACAAUAACCCAACACCGGACGCCGGCUCCAGCAUUCCCGCUAUCAUCACCUCAUCAUGAAGUUCUCACGAAAUUCAAGCCUGUCAAUGGCGCCGGUACGCUGGCCGCAAACGACGCCUUUUUCUCGCCAAAUCCUUUCGCUUCAAGCUCAUCCGAAGACGACACCGGAUCUUCGAGCGGACAAGACGAGUUUCAUCUAGAAAGAUACAGCCAAGAAACCAACCGCACGGCAAAAACACCAGGAAUGAAUCGAAAACAAUCUCGCCGGCGGAAGCAACAGCACUCGGCUCAAUCAGGUGCCGACAAAAAGGCUCGACCUGGUUUGAACAUCGUCACCAACUUUUCUAUGAAGGCCAAAAGAUCCAACACCGAUGGACUAGUCCUUGAUCAGGUGCAGUCCCAAAGACCUCGACUCGGUCCGAGGUACGCCACUUCCAUCAAAUCAGCCAAAGCUGAGCAUAUGGACCACCCGUUGUUCGAACCCCUUCCUAGAGCUGACAAAGACCGCGAUUCGGCGGACAAGGAGAGGGUGUCGAAGAGGGCUAUCGCUCGACAAGCUGUGUCGAAAUUGCAGGAGUCACAGGCUGCCAGAACGAAGGCAGCAGAAGUGUCAAAGACCAAGGAACCAACGUUCUCAGGUGAACAAACCCACCACGACAACGGCAGAGUCCACCUCCACAACCCAGUAAGCGCCACCAGUGGAUACUCUCCAGGAGCUCGGUCGAUCGUUAUCGGUAUGAGUGUGCCGGAGCAUGAAGUGGACGCGCAUCGAUCUGCAGGUGGAGGUAACAAUGUCCACUCGGCAGACACCCCCAACACGCCUGCGAUUGUCAUCACUCCAGCGGACGAGGCUGAUUUCGGGAACCCGGCCUUCUCCAACGAGCGCUCCAAUGUCUAUUCACCUCCUGCACGCACCGGGUUCCAGAUGCAACCUAGUGAGUUACCUUCGGUACCCGGGAUACCUGCACGUUUUGGGAAACAUGAUAGCAAUGUUCGGCCCGUGGCUGGUGCAAGCAUCAUCCGCUCCGAGAACGAAUCUGACCUCAGCCGUCGAGAAUGCCUCAAUGACGGCGAGGAGAGCGACCAUCACUCACUAGGGGACGAACCCAGAGUUUCGACAGACAGCCAGGAACGCAUCCUACCAUCAGACCUUGAAACCAACCGUCACAAAUCGCAGGGCUGGUGGAACUUGAUGCUUUCGCCCUUGCUGUCUCGAAAAGGGACGGUAGUCGAGAAGGGAGCGGAGAGGAGUCCGGAGACGCCUCCUGUUCCAUCUAUCCCGGCCGACAUCAGGCUCUCCAUGACCGACGUGGUAUCUCCGUUGGCUUCCGAAUCUCCAGAAACGCCACGACGCGCUGGACUUGCUAGCGCAAGAGCCAGUGUGUGGUCCAGGUGGACGACUUGGGAGAGACAGAGGGAUGGAGACAAAGGGUUCGAUCCGACAGACGGUAGCAAGGACGACGAUGGACAGCGCCGUGAUUUGAUACAGGGGUCCAGCCAAGUGCCCCCACUUCCGUUAGUCGACUUCGGCAAAGGGCUUGCUGCGGAGUACUAUCAUGCCUGUGCUGUCGAGCAGUUAACGGGCAAUCCGUAUUUCGAGUGUGAAAACCAUUCUUGUGCGGACAACUUGCCUCGAUUACAGUCGGUAUUUGACAAGGAAGCAAGCACGCGGACGUCACUGGAAGCCUCGAAGCAACUGGACAUGGACGUCGAGGACGAUGCCAACGUGCCUCCGGCAAGCCGUCUGGCGUUGGGUCGCGCCAUCUCUAGCUCAUCGGAACCAGAGGAGCUGUCACCAAAUGUCAGACAGGCAAAUACAGCCACUGUGGUCCGGGCUCGUGGCGUCGAGACGCCAGAUCUUCCGCAAGAAUCACCAGGAGAACAGAGUGAGGCCCCGAGUCGACAAGCGGAUACAGAUGCAGUGACUGAAACGCGCUCUGCCCCAAUUACGAAGCUGUCUCCUCGUGAACCUCAGUACCCUAAUAUCGCCACCAUCGCCUCCCCAAAUCUCCAACCACCAAUCCUGUCACCUGGUCCUGUAUCACCGGCCAUGCAACAAACGAUGACGUCCCAGGGGGCUGUUCCCAUGGCUGAAAUCGAUCAUCAGCCAGAUCAGCCACGUUUGCUUGAGCAAUCACCGGCAUCGACUGACCAAAAAGCGUUUGGAGCAACGCAGCCCCCAGCGGUGACCAUACAUAAUCAUGCCUUCUAUAGCGACAGAUUUGCGUCCGGAAACAACGCGGCUGUUGAAGAGGCAAGGAAAGAAGCCAUGGCACGACUAGAGUCCGCCCCUAUUAGCCGCGAAGUCGACCAAGCCCCGAAAACAGCGAAAGAGGCACCCCCAGUGACGAGAGAUUCAGAGCCUGCGGAAAAGCAGGAAAAGAAAAGCAUAUGGUCGAGGCUCAAGAGCCUACUCCCGAAGAAGAAAGCAGAAGAAACCGUGGAGCCUGGCAAAAAGAAGAAGCGCCGGUGGACACUCAUCAUUUCCAUUGUCUUGUUUCUGAUCGUGCUUGCGUGCAUUUUACUGGCUACACUUCUCACGCGAACAGGUAACGGCACACCUGUUCAGAGUCAAUGGCUGAAUCUUACCGGCUAUCCUCCUAUUCCCACAGGCAUAUCUACGAUAGCGCGAUCAGAUGUCGUCAAGCAGCAAUCCAAAUGUGUCGCACCCAACACCAUGUGGAGCUGCGCGCUCCCAAAGGAAGACCAAUUCGAAGUCGCGCCUAACUCUCCAGAUCAGCCGAACUUCAGGUUCCAGAUCACCUUCCGGAAUGGCACUGUGCCUGCGAAUAUGACCGUUCCAGUACAGGGAUUGAAGAGAAGGUCAAUGGUGACCUUCACGGAGAGAGCGGACGAUCCCUUCACGAACGAGCUCUUUACGCCGAACCCGACUCCACCAAGUCGGGCGGACCAGAUCUUCAUGGGGAACACGACGGACAACAUCACACAACCUUUCGAAGGGGAGCCGACGCCAUUCUUUAUCAGCUUCAUCCCCGUCUUUCCCAUCGAUCCUUCGAACGCGACUGCUGCUGCUGCUGCUUCGGGAUCCACCGCCUCAAGGGUCCGAAGGCGUCAGUCUAGCAAUUCUGCUGAUGAUAUUAUUCCUGAUCCAGACGUCUUGGACGACGGCAGUGCUGCGCCGGCAAAUCUUCUGCCGACCGAGCCCUACCCAACGUCACAGCCGAUCAAGCUGUACAACCGAGGUCAAGCCGACGAGCACUAUGGGUUCUACUUGUACUACGAUAAAGCCAUCUUCCUGCAUUCUACUGCGCCUCUAAACACGUCCGAGUUCGCAGACAACGGUGGGAUCGACCCUCUUGAUGAUAACGGCGGAUCGACCCGCGAUCAGUCUCAGCUGCGUUGUACGUUCAGUCAGACGAGGUUACUUGUGAGGAUGUGGACAAAUCCAGCCUUCGAGGCGACUCUUCUACCUCCAAUCGCCGGCAAUGGGAGCAAUGAUACAAAUGCGGGAGACAACAACUCCGCCACGGACUUCAGCCGUCCAGGCUCAUUCCCGUACCCCACGACGAUCAGCAUUGACCGGCACGGAGGAAACAUCAACAAGAAGGCCGUGUACUGCUACGGAGUCAAUCAGUUGCAAGUCAUACAGGACGAUAUCAAAACAGUGGUGGCGGAGUUCAGGGGCGUGGAAGGGACGUUGAUCAAUGCAGCGCCUGCGCUGGUGAAUGGCACAGCGAGUGACGAUAACGGGUUUGACCAGGGAGCUGGUGGGAUUGAUGGGGGCACUGGAGGUUGCGAAUGCGUCUGGCAGAACUGGAACUAA